AUGGAAAGUCUCAAUAUUCAGCUCGGGGACGAUCAUCCUGAAUUCCUGACGAGUAUUGUCAAUCUGGCAGCGAUGUGCCGGAACCAGGGCUGGUGGGAGGAGGCCGAGCAGCUUGAGACCCAGGUGAUGAAGACGAGCAGGGCAAAGCUCGGAGAUGAUCAUCCCUUUACGCUAUCUAGUAUGGCCAAUCUGGCGGUGACGUACCGGAACCAGGGGCGGUGGAACGAGGCUGAGCAGCUUGGAGUACAGGCGAUGGAGGCUCGUAAGACUAAGCUUGGCGAGGAUGAUCCCGAUACACUUAUGAGUAUGGCCAAUUUGGCAUCAACGUAUGCAAAUCAGGGCCGGCUGGAGGAGGCUGAGCAGCUUGGGCUACGAGUGAUGGAGAUGAGCAAGGCAAGGCUUGGAGAGGGCCAUCCCUUUACACUGACUACUAUAGCCGAUUUGACGGCAACAUAUGGAGAACAGGGCCGGUUGGAGGAGGCUGAGCAGCUUGGGGUGCAGGUGAUGGAGACUCUCAAGAUAGAGCUUGGCAAGGAUCAUCCGGACACGCUGACGAGCAUGGCCAAUCUGGCAGUGACAUACCGGAGCCAGAGCCGGUGGAAGGAGGCCGAGCAGCUUUCGGUGCAGGUGAUAGAGGCUCGCAAGAUAAACCUUGGCCAAGAACAUCCCUCCACGCUGACGAGUAUGGCCAAUCUGGCGGCAACGUACCGGAAACAGGGCCGGUGGAAGGAGGCCGAGCAGCUUUCGGUGCAGGUGAUAGCGGCUCGCAAGACAAACCUUGGCCAAGAUCAUCCCUCUACGAUGACGAGUAUGGCAAACCUGGUAUUGAUAUACAAGGACCAGGGUCGGUGGGAGGAGGCCGAGCAGCUUGGGUUGAAGGUGAUGGAGACAAGCAAGACAAGCCUUGGUGAGGAUCAUCCGGAUACGCUUGCGAGUAUGGCCAACCUUGCAUCGAUAUACGGGGACCAGGGUCGGUGGGAGGAGGCCGAGCAGCUUGGGUUGAAAGUGAUGGAGACAAGCAAGACGAAGCUUGGCGAGGACCAUCCCGACACGCUGACCAGUAUGGCCGAUCUUGCUUUCAUAUGGAAGUCUUCAGCUCACGAUACUGAGGCCAUUGAUUUGCUACGAGCUUGUUUAAGCAAACAGAAGCAUAUACUUGGUCUGAACCAUCCGAAUACUUUAUCUUAUUCUAAGACUUUGUUGGAAUGGGAAACGAAGGGCCGAAACACGAAUGAAUUUAUAAGCUAG